AUGGCGUCGUUUGGGGGGUCCCUUUUGAUCCACAUUGCUAUACUCUUUCGCAUUGUUUUGCUCUUUAGUCUCAAGAACCUCUCAUUGGCCGACGACCCAUCUGCCAACUUCGACUUAGAGCUCUCUUACAUCACUGCUUCUCCUCUUGGUGUUCCCCAACAGGUCAUAGCAGUUAAUGGGCAGUUUCCAGGACCUACUAUUAAUGUUACUACUAAUGACAAUGUCGUGGUAAAUGUGAAAAACAAAUUGGACGAAAAUCUACUCAUCACUUGGCCCGGAAUCCAAAUGCGUCGCGCUUCUUGGCAAGAUGGUGUGCUUGGCACGAAUUGUCCAAUCCCUCCAAAUUGGAAUUGGACGUAUCAGUUUCAGGUUAAGGAUCAGAUUGGUAGCUUCUUUUACUUUCCAUCACUGAACUUUCAGAGAGCAGCUGGUGGCUUUGGUUCUUUCAUCAUCACAAAUCGUGACAUCAUCCCGCUGCCCUUCAACAUGCCUGAUGGGGAUAUAGUCAUCAUAAUUGGUGACUGGUAUACUCGAAACCAUAUGGCACUGAGGACGUCCCUCGAUGCUGGACAAGACCUUGGUAUGCCAGAUGGAGUUCUCAUUAAUGGGAAGGGUCCUUACAGAUACAACACGACGCUCGUCUCAGAUGGCAUUGAUUAUGAAACAAUUAAUGUUGAUCCAGGGAAAACUUACCGAAUUCGCGUGCACAAUGUUGGAGUCUCAACUUGUUUGAACUUCCGAAUUCAGAACCAUAAUUUGCUCCUGGCUGAAACAGAGGGGUUUUACACAUCGCAACAAAAUUAUACGAGCUUAGAUAUCCAUGUUGGGCAGUCUUACUCUUUUCUGGUUACCAUGGAUCAGAAUGCAAGUAGUGAUUACUAUAUUGUAGCAAGUCCUAGGUUUGUCAACCAAACAUUGUGGCAACAAGUAACUGGUGUUGCUAUCUUGCACUAUUCCAAUUCCCAAGGAAAGGCAUCUGGCCCUCUCCCUGACUCUCCAAAUGAUGUUUAUGACACAUCAUUUGCAUUGAACCAAGCAAUGUCCAUCAGGCAAAAUACGACAGCAGCUGGAGCUCGUCCCAACCCACAGGGUUCUUUUCAUUAUGGUUCAAUCAAUGUGACUGAUGUUUAUGUGUUAAAGAGUGUUCCACCCCAGAUUAUUGAUGGGAAACUCCGAGCUACAUUUAACGGGAUUUCGUUUGUUAACCCUGAUACUCCACUUAGGCUUGCAGAUUUAUUUAACGUGAAGGGUGCUUACAAGCUUGACUUCCCAGACAUGCCAAUGAACAGAACACCCCUGGUGGACAGAUCCAUUAUUAACGCAACGUACAAGGGAUUUAUAGAAGUCAUAUUGCAAAACAACGACAGUGUAGUUCAGAGCUUCCACAUGGAUGGUUAUUCGUUUUUUGUGGUUGGGCUAGGUAAUGGAGAAUGGACAGAAAACAGUAGGGGUUCAUAUAAUAAGUGGGAUGCAAUAUCUCGCUGCACUACGCAGGUUUUCUCUGGCGGAUGGACAGCAGUCAUGGUCUCUCUCGACAACGUUGGAGUGUGGAAUCUUAGAGCAGAAAACCUCGACAGAUGGUAUCUAGGCCAAGAAACAUACAUGCGAAUUGUCAAUCCUCGCGAUACUGAUAACAAAACAGAAUUGCCUGUCCCUAAUAAUGCUCUUUUCUGUGGUGCCCUUGCCAACUUGCAGAAGCCCCAGAAAAUUUCUUCUUCAUCAGCAUCAGCCAUGGCUGGAUAUAUAAAGCUGUAUUGUACACUGCUGAUGAUAUUCUGUGUUGCUAUUUCCAAUUUAAGAUGAGCCUUAUCGUCAAAUGAUGAGAAGAAUUGCAAUCUUUUGCAGUGGUCGCGGGUUUUGGCUUUCGUGGUAGAUAUCUGGUCAGAUUUGCUGGAGUUGCAUGUUACAUUGUUUUAUCAUUUUAGUUGCAGAAUUGAUCACUAGAGCAGACUCUAUUUAGUACAAGUUUGGCAGGUAUUUGCUGACAGUAGGUGAUUUUGAGUCCUCCAUUCCAUCAUUCUUUAUGUAUCAAAACUACGACUCAUGCUGAUUAACCCAGUUUUAAU